GUUACAUGCUUUUUAUCACUAAAGCGGUAAAUAUAUUUACUCAUUACACGUUACAAUAAUUGCUCUUAACACUUUCGGGAUGGUAGCUUGUUGGCUCAAGUUGUAAGGAAUUUAUUGCGCCAACUAAUCAGCAUUCCAGAGGCCUAUGGAAGGCUGGUCAUUGAUUGCUCAGUACGAUAAAGCUCGAAUGAUCAGCUCGUAUUUCAGAAGGAGAGAGAACGCCAAAUCGUUCCAGCUCCUGAGAUGUAAGUAUUUAUCAAAUGAAAAGCUUGGUCCUUAGUUUUUGUCGUAAGACCCUUCGGUGGUCGAGUAUCAAACCCACGUCAAUGCAAACCGCAAUUUUGCCGCUUUACGCAUGUAAAGCAUGUUCGUGUAACUAUGAGGUAUCUGUUCGUAAUUUAUUGAAGCUUUGCGCAUCAUAGACACUUCGCGAGGGUGCAGCUGGGUAUCCAGGCCGUUUUUCAAACUAUGACUUGUCACAAUGACACGCGCGCGUCGGCUGCCAAAUUAUUGAUAAGCGGCAAUUAAAAAUUGCACAAUUUACAAUGCUCCUGCACUCAGCUUAAGAUUAGCUUGAUUCAUGUCGUACAACGUAAGUUGAUUAGAUAGUCGGCUGCACUGGCGAAUUGUAAUUGCCCGCUGCAAACUUCAUCUGAUCCCGACCCGAAGCCCGGCUUUAGCCCCUGAGGUAGAAGGAUCGCAGCCGCAUAGAGGCCAUGAAUAUUUGCAGCGAAAAGCAGUCGACGCAGCAAAGGCUGGACGCUUGCUGUCGGAGCCGAAGGCCGUGCAAUCAAGCGCAACUAAUCCGUGUGACUCAUCUGCCAAACAGCCUGUCAAUGUACAGAUCAUUGUAGAGCAAUUUUUCGACAAACUUUGAAAUGUCAUCAUGGAAGAAUACUUGGUAAAGGGCAUUUAAAGUUUGAUUUAAUGGUGGUCACUGCUUAGUAAAGCGUGCAAGAUAUACACUAUUAGAUGAAGUGUCAUGCAUGGCCGCCUAGAUGGCCUUGCCUGGAUGGCCUUGCCGAAACUUCAACAGAUAAUUCGCUAUAGGCCGAGAUUGUGCCCUAACAAAAAGCGGCAAUUCUUCUAGACAGGCGUAUAGUACUGUACGCGAUAUUCCGAAAGUAGGCUUAAAUGCAGCUGAAAGUUGCUGUCAUCAUAUUACCCAUCUGGUUUCGUUGCAACAUCAUCAAAGUAGACUAGAACGUGGAAACAAGAAGAGCUUUGGAUUUGUGUAGCCUUUUUAGUAAAGAAGCACUUCGUGACAUGCAUACUGAUGCGACGUCAGCUCCGCCAGAAUGUGCUGCUUAUGCCUGUCUCCACCGAACGCGCCCCGCUUAAAAUUGUGGACCAGCUGUUCGAGAACAGAGAGAAAUCGACACGUGGAGUGGUUGGCAGUGUGGGCGACAACUCUUUCAUCCUGCAAUGCUACAUACAAUUGAUACUUCUACUCGAGACUCUUGGGUUUUCCGAAGUUGUAAGUUGUGGGCGGUUAUUGGAAAGACUUGUCUGCGGGCAGCCCUAUUUAAUAUUCUUGAGAAAAAUAAAAACAUCAUGGAUCUUUUAGUCGUGAUAACUGUCCUUAAUAGAGUGUUAGCUCAGCCCGAAGCGUUGCAAAAUAUUCCUUUUUCGAUGUAUACGGCUUAGCACAUAAAUAACAUCGUUUUGAUUGCAGAAAAUGCAAUUAAUAUCACUAGAAACAUGAAAAUAGUGCUGCCAUAGCAAAACCAGGCUAAAUGAAUGUGGCAGGUCUCACUGUACAUUGUGAGACUCUACCAUUUCAUCCAAAAGAAAGCAUGGGCGAAUUAUCAUUCAAGGUCUCUGUUUUACUGUGAUGGGGAUGUGACCUGGCUAUUGUUUUCGAAGCGCCGAGUCAGACCAUCCAACAGGAGCCUUGACGAAUUUAAGCUCAUUAUCACUCCCUUAAAUACUUUGCGGGAAUAGAUUCCCUUCUUUUUGCGACACGCCAGUUUUCUGCACCGGCGUUCUUGAACCCAGGGUUAGCGCACAUUCGAAUUUUGCAGACGAGGCGGUGCUUCAAGCUGCUCGGGAGCACGGUAAUGUUGCUGGAAGGCGCAACAGGUCCCCGACGCACCUGCGCUUAAAAAAUCGCCACGUACUGAUCAUGUCCAAGCCACUGGUGCUGCAGUGCCGGACAGAACGGAGCCAUUUCUAAAUCUGCGUCUAUCUAAAAAUAUCUCCAUUCCCAA